GAGCGAGAGAGCGAAAUCCAGAGACAAAAAAAGCAACAAAAUCAAACAACACUUCGAAAGACACACGAACACGAAUGAUAAAAGCAAUCCACCCCCCUCGAAGCCCCAACCCAUUCAAAAGAAGGCUACGAGAAGGUCAAAAUAAAAAAAUAAAAGCUCCAACCCCCGGCGAGCCCACACGCAUCCCGCUCUUCACGUGAGUCCAUAUUAGGCGGUUGGCGGUGGAAGUGCGCGCGCUCGCCCUCUCUCUCGCUCUCUCCCGCCUCGCCCCGGCCAUACACGUAUCAGGCGACCACAAAAAUGUCAGAGGAGCUGCAAGCUGAUUUUGAGGGUGGUGAUUCUGGUGCCUCCAAUGUGUACCCCGCACAGUGCUCCUCCCUUCGUAAGAAUGGACACGUCGUGAUCAAGGGCCGUGCCUGCAAGAUUGUAGAAAUGUCAACUUCAAAAACUGGCAAACACGGUCACGCUAAGGUACAUCUGAUCGGUAUUGAUCUUUUUACCGGUAAGAAAUAUGAAGAUAUCUGUCCUUCAACCCACAACAUGGACGUGCCAGUGGUCAAGCGUGCAGACUACCAGCUGAUUGACAUCUCUGAUGACGGCUACCUUAGUCUUAUGAAGGAUACGGGUGAACUGCGUGACGAUAUUAGAUUGCCUGAUGGAGACUUAGGCGCUGACAUUAAGAACAAGUUCGAAAAUAAUGAAGACCUUCUGUUGACAGUCCUGGCUGCUAUGGAAGAGGAAAUGGUAGUUGCUACCAAGCCAAAUAUGAAGUAAACUCCUUCCAGAAGUUGCUACCAUCUACACCACUACACCACCUUCACAACCAGCCAUUAGCUCAUUAAAGUAUAUAUUUUUUUCCUAUUAGACCCAUAUAACAGGGUUGAUGGUUGACACCUGUGAUCAUUCUACAAUGGUUUGGUAUGUCAUUCUACAACAAUUUUGUAUUUCUUGGGGAAGGAUAUGGUGUUCUAUCUUACCUACCUUUGCUUUGUCCAUGGCCACCUGUUGUAACUUUGUUUGGCAGUAACUAAUUGGCCUUGGAAGAAGUGGAGAGAAGGAGCCAUAAGCCUCCUCUUUACUCAUAAUUCAUGUCCAACUGGACAUCAUGUUUGUUUGAGUGUUACAGCCACAACCAUCCAAGUUUGUGGUCUUUUUUUUUUAAUUUGUUGUGGAGGGGCAGCAUAUGUGACACCAAUUCAAACAACCUUGCGGCCCAGUAUAUUGAUCUGUGACCAAAUAAGGAAUAAAUGGUGUAUUGUUUAUAUGGCGUUUGAUUGUUCAAUUGAUCCAAGCUUCAGUGCAGGAGAGCCUUUUCCUUUUUUACAUUAUCAUAGAAUAUGGGCCCAUUACUUGGGUUUAAAGAAAUGCUUUUAUCUAACUUGUUUUUGUACUUCAAUGUGCAUAAUUAAAUAUGCUAAAUAUUAGAAUAAAAAUUUACAACCAUUCCAGUGUUAAGAUGUUCUUUCAUUCACAUAUCCCCAGGAUUGAGCAGAUUAUUGCAGUAGAAGAAUUAAUCUGAAUAUUGGAUUAAUAAUGAACUGUAGCACUUUUCAGUUGUGACAUGGGGCUAAUGAAUUGUUGAAAACCUUAGACUCAAUUGUUUACUUAAGGGUUAGCUGGUGUACAAGAAGGCACAGUUUACAAGUUGCCAGUAAUUCUUUUGGGUCCUGCAUUUGAAUCCAAGGGUAUGUAUGCAAUUUUUCAUUCACUUGUUACAAUUUGAAUGAUAUACCAAGUUUGUACCUUGACUGUAAUGCUUUUUUGCUUAAUGGGGAAUACCACUGUAUCAUUCAAAUGACAAAUAAAAGGCUUUUAUUGUA